AUGCCACUGGCUUCCAAACCAACUGAAACCAUGAAAGUGAUAUUAUUGGCUCUGGUUUAUAUUCCAUUUACCAUAGCCCUAGAAAGGAUCCCUUUAGUUCGAUUUAAAUCCAUCAAGAAGCAACUUCAUGAAAAGGGAGAACUGGAGGUAUUUUGGAGUAAUCACCAACCUGACAUUUUUGCACGGAGAUAUCUGCAUUGCUUCCCUUCAGAUAUCUUUUUACCAGCUACUUCAGAAAGGCUGUAUGAUUACAUGAAUGCCCAGUACUAUGGGGUGGUAAAAGUUGGGACCCCUCCUCAGAAAUUCACAGUGGUAUUCGACACUGGAUCGUCCAAUUUUUGGGUCCCUUCAGCCUACUGCAUCAGUGAAGCCUGCAGGGUUCACGAAAGAUUCAACUCCUUUCUGUCACACUCCUAUCAGCAUGGAGGUCAAGCCUUUUCUCUACAGUAUGGUACUGGGCAACUUCUAGGCAUUGCUGGCAGAGACACAGUACAAAUUAGCAAUAUUUCUAUAGAGGCACAGGAUUUUGGACAGUCUGUCUUUGAACCAGGCAUGACCUUUGCCCUUGCACACUUUGAUGGAGUGAUGGGUUUAGGAUAUCCAUCUUUGGCGGUCGGCAACGCUCUUCCGGUGUUUGACAGUAUGAUGAACCAACGCUUAGUAGAGGAGCCGGUGUUUUCUUUCCACUUGAACAGAGGAGAUGACAUUGAAAAUGGUGGAGAAUUGAUCUUAGGGGGAAUAGAUCAUUCCCUCUACAAAGGUUCAAUUCAUUGGGUCCCAGUCACUGAGAAAAGCUACUGGCAAAUUCAUGUUAACAACGUGAAAAUCCAGGGACGGAUUGUGUUUUGUGCUCACGGUUGUGAAGCCAUUGUUGAUUCAGGAACUUCUCUUAUUACUGGCCCCUCUUCCCAAAUAAGACGCCUUCAGGAGUACAUUGGGGCAAGUCCAACACAAACUGGAGAGUUCAUUGUAGACUGCAGAAGACUGUCAAGCUUGCCACGUAUAAGCUUCACUAUUGGACACAAAGAAUACAAGUUAACAGCGGAACAAUAUAUAAUAAAGGAGUCCAUAGAUGGAAGAUCCUUGUGCAUUAGUGGCUUUCAGUCUCUGGACAUCACCACUCACUCUGGACAGCUUUGGAUCUUAGGAGAUGUAUUUAUGUCUGCAUACUACUGUGUUUUUGAUCGUGGACAUGACAGAGUGGGGUUUGCAAAAAGUGUUCAUAGAAAGGAGAAUUUCUAAGGUCUAACUGAUAUCAAUUCUGCCAUAAACAAAAAGAAUGUUAUUACAAUGGAUAUGAAACGUGUCUGUAAGGAUAGAACCUCCCUCCUCUUUCUCCUCCUGCCCCCAAAUUUGCUAGGGAUUUAGGGUACACUCUAGCUCCAUUUUUUUCAGCUUGGUCCCAUCUCUCUAGAUUUGUAACUGAGAGAGACAAUUAUUUAUUUAUUAAAUGAGUGACUGGGAGCCCUAAGAAGGGCUGUGUCACUAGUGAUUAAAAUGGCAACAGCUUGCCUGUAGGAUUUCUAAUGGGGUGGGAGGGAAAGUGUACUUAGGAGAAGGUUGCUAAAUAAUGCAAAGCUUAUUGUGUGUCAGUUACAAUUGUGUGAAACCAAUCCUAGCUGGAUCAUUUCCGCAUGUGUCUCUUUUCUUUCCUGUCAGUUUCCCUUUGUUUUUUUCCCCCUACUGCUGUCUGUUUCUUGACCACAGCAUUUGUCCUUGUUAUGACUCAGUUGUUACUUUCAUUUUUCAUAUUCUUUAUUGGGAUUUUGUUCUUCCCUUUCCACCUUUGGCUUCAUAGAAUCUCUUUAGGGGCAAAUCCCAUUAAUUUAAACAGGAGUUUAAAUCAAUCAUUUGUGCACUGAGACUGAAUCCCUGCCCCCCCCCCCAAUGCAUCACACAAGACACUGACUGCAUAGUAGCGUCAUGUG